AUGGUGACUAAAUUUGAUGUCGUACAACUAUGGGGUAAUGAUGUAGUGGGUUGGGAGUUUGUGGCAGCAGAAGUGUAUGGUGAGCAUGUUAGGGAGGACAAACUUGUUGUGUGGGAAGAGUUGAGCUUUUUGACAGGCUUAUGCCAAGUACCUUUCUGCUUUAUGGGGGAUUUUAACGAGAUUGUUCAGGUGGAUGAAAGACAAGGGGCUACUUCUUUGCCAAGGUCCACGGUGGAGUUUAAAUCUUGGAUUUAUGAUAUGGAGUUAAUGGACCUAGGAUUAACUGAUCGGCGGUUUACAUGGUUCAGGGCCCAGUCAUGUAGCCGUAUGGACAGAGUCUUGGUUAGUUUGGAGUGGCUAGAAGAAUUUUCUAAAACAAGUUUACAAGGAGAUCCAAGAGGCUUAUCCGACCAUUGCCCAAUGAUUAUGAAUGUCACAAGGUUGGAAGGGGGGCCAAGACCGUUUCGGAGUCUAGACUCGUGGUUUACUCAUGAUGGAUUUUUGCGGAUGGUGAAGGAGGAGUGGAGGAGCACAGGGGAGGGUCAAUUCAUGGAUAAGUUGAAGGCUUUGACGGUUCCGUUGGGUAGAUGGCAUAGAGACCAUUUUGGAAAUCUGGACAUGAGGAUUAAUAAGUUUGAAGAGAAGAUUAAGAAAGUAGAUGAUAUGGUGAGCAAUGGAGUAUAUGAUGGAACAAUGGAAGCUAGAAGGAAGGCGCUUGUGAGCACUUGCAAGAAAUGGUAUAUCAGAAAGGAAAUUCAUUGGAAGUAG